CUUGGCUGUCAGAGACCUUGAUGGACUCCACAACGGCGACAGCAGAGCUGGGCUGGACGGUGCAUCCUCCCUCCGGGUGGGAAGAAGUGAGUGGGUACGACGAGAACAUGAACACGAUCCGCACCUACCAGGUGUGCAACGUCUUUGAAUCCAGCCAAAACAACUGGCUCCGGACCAAGUACAUCCGGAGACGGGGUGCCCACCGCAUCCACGUGGAGAUGAAAUUUUCCGUUCGGGACUGCAGCAGUAUCCCUAACGUGCCAGGCUCGUGUAAGGAGACRUUUAAUCUCUACUACUACGAGUCAGACUUUGACUCGGCCACCAAGACCUUUCCCAACUGGAUGGAGAACCCUUGGAUGAAGGUAGACACUAUUGCUGCUGACGAGAGCUUCUCGCAGGUGGACCUAGGCGGGCGAGUGAUGAAGAUUAACACCGAAGUGCGCAGUUUUGGGCCUGUUUCCAAGAAUGGUUUCUACCUGGCCUUCCAGGACUACGGAGGCUGCAUGUCCUUGAUCGCGGUGCGUGUCUUCUACCGCAAGUGCCCCCGUGUCAUCCAGAACGGGGCUGUUUUCCAGGAGACCCUCUCCGGGGCAGAGAGCACCUCCCUGGUGGCAGCCCGGGGCACGUGCAUAGCCAACGCUGAGGAGGUGGACGUGCCCAUCAAGCUCUACUGCAACGGGGACGGCGAGUGGCUGGUGCCCAUCGGACGCUGCAUGUGCAGGGCGGGCUACGAGAAGCUUGGAAAAAUUUGUCAUAGCUGCCCGUCGGGGACAUUCAAAGCCAGCCAAGGGGAUGAAGGAUGCACCCACUGCCCCAUCAACAGCCGCACCACCUCGGAAGGGGCCACCAACUGCGUGUGCCGCAACGGCUAUUACCGGGCGGACGCUGAUCCCGUCGACAUGCCCUGCACCACCAUCCCCUCUGCCCCCCAGGCUGUGAUCUCCAGCGUGAACGAGACCUCCCUGAUGCUGGAGUGGAGCCCGCCGCGCGACUCGGGCGGCCGCGAGGACCUGGUCUACAACAUCAUCUGCAAGAGCUGCGGCUCGGGCCGUGGCGCCUGCACCCGCUGUGGGGACAACGUGCAGUUCGCCCCACGGCAGCUGGGCCUCACGGAGCCCCGCGUCUACAUCAGCGACCUGCUGGCCCACACGCAGUACACCUUCGAGAUCCAGGCGGUCAACGGGGUCACCGACCAGAGCCCCUUUUCCCCACAGUUCGCCUCCGUCAACAUCACCACCAACCAAGCCGCUCCUUCUGCCGUGUCCAUCAUGCAUCAGGUCAGCCGCACUGUGGACAGCAUUACCCUCUCAUGGUCUCAGCCCGACCAACCCAACGGCGUCAUCCUGGAUUAUGAGCUGCAAUACUAUGAGAAGGAUCUGACUGAACUAAACUCAACCACAGUGAAGAGCCCCACCAACACUGUGACGGUGCAAAACCUCAAGGCCGGCACCAUCUACGUCUUCCAGGUGCGGGCACGGACCGUCGCUGGCUAUGGCCGGUACAGCGGCAAGAUGUACUUCCAGACCAUGACUGAAGCUGAGUACCAGACCAGCGUGCAGGAGAAGCUGCCGCUUAUCAUUGGCUCCUCGGCCGCAGGGCUGGUGUUCCUCAUCGCUGUGGUCGUCAUCGGCAUUGUGUGCAACAGAAGACGGGGCUUUGAGCGUGCUGAUUCCGAGUACACCGACAAGCUGCAGCACUAUACCAGUGGCCACAUGACACCCGGGAUGAAGAUUUAUAUCGACCCCUUCACCUAUGAAGAUCCAAAUGAGGCAGUCAGGGAAUUUGCAAAAGAAAUCGAUAUCUCUUGUGUCAAAAUCGAGCAGGUGAUUGGGGCAGGGGAAUUCGGUGAGGUGUGCAGUGGGCAUCUCAAGCUCCCUGGCAAGAGAGAGAUCUUUGUGGCCAUCAAGACCCUGAAGUCCGGUUACACAGAGAAGCAGAGACGAGAUUUCCUGAGCGAAGCCAGCAUCAUGGGACAAUUUGACCACCCCAAUGUCAUCCACCUGGAGGGAGUGGUGACCAAGAGUUCUCCGGUCAUGAUCAUCACCGAGUUCAUGGAGAAUGGCUCACUGGACUCCUUCCUGCGGCAAAACGACGGGCAAUUCACUGUGAUCCAGCUGGUGGGCAUGUUGCGGGGCAUUGCAGCUGGCAUGAAGUACCUAGCCGAUAUGAACUAUGUGCACCGGGACCUGGCCGCCCGCAACAUCCUGGUCAACAGCAACCUCGUCUGCAAAGUGUCCGACUUUGGUCUCUCACGUUUUCUGGAGGAUGACACCUCUGAUCCCACCUACACCAGUGCACUGGGUGGGAAGAUCCCCAUCCGGUGGACAGCACCAGAGGCAAUUCAGUAUCGAAAAUUCACAUCAGCCAGUGAUGUGUGGAGCUACGGGAUAGUUAUGUGGGAGGUGAUGUCCUACGGCGAGCGGCCCUACUGGGAUAUGACCAACCAAGAUGUGAUAAAUGCCAUUGAGCAAGAUUAUCGGCUGCCACCUCCUAUGGAUUGUCCAAAUGCCCUGCACCAACUGAUGCUGGACUGUUGGCAGAAGGACCGAAACCAUCGACCCAAAUUUGGACAAAUUGUCAACACCUUAGAUAAAAUGAUCCGAAACCCCAAUAGCCUGAAAGCCAUGGCACCUCUCUCCUCUGGGAUCAACCUCCCUCUACUUGAUCGCACAAUCCCAGAUUACACCAGCUUCAACACUGUGGAUGAAUGGCUGGAUGCCAUCAAAAUGAGCCAGUACAAGGAGAGCUUUGCCAGUGCUGGCUUCACCACCUUUGACGUGGUCUCUCAGAUGACAGUAGAGGACAUUCUGCGAGUUGGAGUCACUUUAGCAGGACACCAGAAGAAAAUCUUGAACAGUAUCCAGGUGAUGAGAGCACAGAUGAACCAAAUCCAGUCUGUGGAGGUUUGAUACGCAUCUCCUUCCUCAAGGCCCUGCUCCCCUUUCCCCAUGUAUGUCUGAGCUCCAGUUCUUGAGUGUUCUGCAUGGACCAGAGACGGGCAGCUGCUCUGAGGAUCAUAGCAACAGGAAGAAAUGUCCUGUCAUCAAUAACGAGAAGCCGCCAAGAGCUUCUAGCAUUUAAGCAAUGGAAAAAGGGAACAAAAAGACAGCUAUUUUGAGAAAAAAAAAACUAUGAAAUAUUUUUAAAUAAUAAUAAAACAAUUGCAUUCUUGAAAAGGGCUCCAAAAUCCAUGGGAGUCUCCAAAGGAAGAGAAAAACGAGCAGCUUCACCUCUUUCCUCUUGCACAAGGCUGCUGUCACCGGGCCAGCCACCUGUGGAGCAAGGAGACUUUUUUUUUGCAAGCAGAUGAACGCAAAGCCGUGGGAAGCACUUCUCUUUCUCCUGUGGGAUGGUGGCUCUGAGGAUGUCGCCCUCCAGCCACCUGUCCCCAGAGCCCCUGCUAGGAAUUCACAGGGGGAAGAGAGUGGAGGCUCUUUGGUGCUGUGGAACCAAGUGCAUCUCAACUGAUGGACUUCUGCAAAAGUAGAAGAUUUCCUUUUUUUUUAAGAAAAAAACCCAACAAACUGAGACUAGAAGAGGCUGUUUCUGACAAAUAAGAAGGAAUCUGUAACACUUGGGGGGGUAGGGAUGGGAGAAAACAAAUCCUUUCUACAUCUCUUAUUUUCUCUUGCCAUGGGACAGUUUUGUGAGUGACAGUUUCCUAAGGGUCCGUCCAUCCACCCUCCGGUGGCAUCAUUGUCUCAUACAUAUCAUAUGCACAAGACUUUUAGUGAUGUCCUCACUAGAUGCCAAUGAUCUUUCCCCAGAAGACUUCCCAAGUACAGUAUGUAGUAGUUUUUUGAUUACCAAUGCCGAACGUGUACCUUUAUUUUUCAGUUGUUCUUGUUGGGAGAUUUGUCCCUUUACCUUGUUUUUUUGUUAACACCAACUUGUGAAUUUGGGGGUUGGAAUAUUUUUGGUUGGUCAGGUUUGCU